GAUCGCACACCAGAGGAAUAUUUAGAGGCGUUCGACGAUAGUUUAAACAACAGAGUGGAUACAGAGGUAGCUCAGCUUAGUGACGGAUUAUCUGAAAUCAUCGGUCUCGCUGAGAUAGCCAAAAAAGAUAAUUAUAAGAUUAGCAAAGAGGCAUUUCAGAUUAGCUGUCGUUCUGAGUCGAUGAUACGUUCAGCGAACAGCUUAUUAGGCAUAACCCAUGCACUUAAAAUGGUAAACUUCCUCGGUGAUGACCAGCAUCGUCUGGAUGUUUCCAGUGCACGCGCUGGCGUACUUAGUGAAGAGAGAAGACAGGCGAUUAGCGAAUUAGAAGCUGCGAUGGAACAAUAUAUGCAA